GAUGCUGCGGGGGCGGCGGCGGCCGCGGGGCUUCCCCGGCGCGGAGCGCGGAUCCCCGAGACCCGGGCCGGGGUCUUUCCUCGCCGGGCCCGUUUCCCGCCGAAGGUCUCCAUCACUGGUCCAGGCCGGUCCCGGGGCCUCCCCGCCUGACUCCUCUCCCGGGGGACCCCCCCGGGCUCCUUCUGCGUCCCGAGGUUCCUGAGACCCUCCUGCCGAAGCAUCUGAGUGACUGGCUCCUGCCCCCAUCCCGGGGAAGCCCAGGACACCAGGCGAUGAUGGCAGCGUUGCAUCUGUCUGCCCCUCAGGCUGAGGUGACCUUCGAGGACGUGGCUGUGCUUCUCUCCCGGGAGGAGUGGGGCCGUCUGGGCCCUGCUCAGAAAGGCCUCUACAGGGAUGUGAUGCUGGAAACCUACAGGAACCUGGUCUCGCUGGGAGCUGGACAUGCAGGUCCCAAGCCUGGAGUGAUCGCACAGUUGGAGCGAGGGGAUGAGCCGUGGGUCCUGGACAUGCAGGGGAGAGAGCAAUCGACCGUUGAUGGCUCAGCUCAUGGCACCAGCACUGAGCACCAGGAGUUGACUUCAGGGGAGAUGUUUGAUGGGACAGAACUGGACCAACCCAGAGGGACUGUUUUCCAGGGACCCGAGCCAGGAGAGACCUGUGAGCAUGUCGGGGAGCCAAAGGAGAGCCUGGACAGGCCUGCGGAGCAGAAAGGCCCCAGGCCAGUCCUACUGGCCAGUGAGGCAAGCACCCUGGAAGCUGGGGGAAACCUCAGGUUGGGGUCGAGCCCUACCCCUGAUCAAAGACCUCACAAAUGCGAUAUAUGUGAGCAGAGUUUUGAACAGAGAUCAUAUCUUAAUAAUCAUAAACGUGUACACAGGUCCAGAAAAACAAAUAUAGUUCAUGAUUCUGGGGAAAUUUUCAGUGCAAAUUUAGUUGUUAAAGAAGGUCAGAAAAUUCCUGUUGGGAAAAAAUUGCACUAUUGUGCUUACUGUGGGAAAGCCUUCAGGUACAGUGCUAACCUCAUCAAGCACCAGCGGCUUCACAGUGAAGAGAAGCCCUACAAGUGUGACGAGUGUGGGAAAGCCUUCCGCCAGAGCUGUGAGUUCAUUAGUCACCGCAGGAUGCACUCUGGGGAGAUCCCCUACCGCUGUGAUGAGUGUGGGAAGAUGUUCAAUCAGAGACCCAACCUCAUGAAGCAUCAGAGGAUCCACACUGGGGAGAAGCCCUACAAGUGCGGCGAGUGUGGGAAGCACUUCAGUGCCUACUCUUCCCUCAUUUAUCACCAGAGGAUCCACACUGGAGAAAAGCCCUACAAGUGCAGCGACUGUGGGAAGGCCUUCAGUGAUGGCUCGAUCCUCAUCCGACACCGUCGGACUCACACUGGGGAGAAGCCCUAUGAGUGCAAAGAAUGUGGCAAAGGCUUUACACAAAGUUCCAACCUUAUCCAACAUCAAAGAAUUCACACUGGAGAGAAACCCUAUAAAUGUAAUGAAUGUGAGAAAGCCUUUAUCCAAAAGACAAAACUUGUUGAACAUCAGAGAAGCCACACUGGAGAAAAGCCUUAUGAAUGUAAUGACUGUGGCAAAGUCUUCAGCCAGAGCACACACCUCAUCCAGCAUCAGAGGAUCCACACGGGGGAGAAGCCCUACAAGUGCAGUGAGUGUGGCAAGGCCUUCCACAACAGUUCCAGACUCAUCCACCAUCAGAGGUCACACCAUGGAGAGAAGCCGUACAAAUGUGCUGAUUGCAAGAAAGCCUUUAGCCAGGGCACCUACCUCAUCCAGCACCGGAGGAUCCAUACCGGGGAGAAGCCCUACAAGUGUGGCGAGUGUGGGAAGGCCUUCCGGCACAGUUCCAACAUGUCCCAGCAUCAGAGGAUUCACCUCCGGGGGGAUGACUUUUCCCCAUGACGUCUGCUGUGCACUUCCUCCACGAGCCUUGCCCACCCCUUUAUUUAUUGUCCACAUGGUGUUGCCACAGGUGAAAGGGCACUUCUGACUGAUUAAAAAAACUCUUUUCUUAAACCAAAAGCAGUGCAUGUUCUUUUUAGAGAAAUUGAGUGAGAACAGUAAACAGAGAGGAGAAGCUCCUGCAGCCACCCUUUAGACAAGGAACUCGCCACUACUUUGGCUGUGGGUUCCUUCCACACCCACGGAAGAGCUUUCACAGCUGUCUUGCUGGAGUUGCUAUCGUGGCUUAGCAGUAACGAACCUGACUAGUAUCCAUGAGGAUACAGGUUCAAUACCUUGCCUCACUCACUGGGUUAAGGAUCCUGCAUUGCUGUGGCUGUGGUGUAGGCCAGCAGCUACAGCUCCAAUUUGACCCUGCCAGGGAACUUCCAUAUGCCUUGGGUGAGGCCCUAAAAAGAC